UCGCAAAAGUAAACUCCCUUCCAGAUUUAGUUUAAACAUAAACACUCGUACGAACAGUUCGGGGAGCUAUUAAAAUAUUUUUUUAUUUUUUCAACAAUUAAAAAAAAGCAGUCAGUCCCUGUGAUGGCUGACGAGCAUGACAAUCAAUUUGAUACGGUGGACUCGGGUGCCUCCAAGACAUUUCCCAUGCAGUGUUCGGGUCUGCGCAAGAACGGAUACGUAAUGCUGAAGGGACGUCCGUGCAAGAUUGUCGAAAUGUCCACCUCAAAGACGGGCAAGCAUGGCCAUGCCAAGGUCCAUCUGGUGGGCAUUGACAUCUUCACACAAAAGAAGUACGAGGACAUUUGCCCGUCGACACACAACAUGGAUGUGCCGCAUGUGAGGCGCGAGGAUUUCCAGUUGACGGACAUUAGCGACGACGGCUAUGUGACCCUGCUGUCCGACAAUGGGGAUCUGCGCGAGGAUCUCAAAGUACCGGACGGCGAUUUGGGUUGCAGCCUACGAGAGGACUUUGACGAUGGCAAGGAACUGCUGUGCACUGUACUGGCAGCCUGUGGCGAGGAGUCCAUCAUUGGAAUGAAACAGAAUACCGGAUUGGACAAGUAGAAUAUUAAACAAAAAAACCAACAAAAAAUCCAGAAAAAGAAACAAGCAAAAAAAAUGAAAUCACUU